UCUUUCUCUUUCUCUUUCUCUAGAUUCACUUUCAAAUAUUUUUCCAUUUUCGAUCGGUUAGGUUGCUGAUUUUCGGAAUUUGUUACUUUUUUCGAGCAUUGGAUGUGCAUGAUUCAUUGAAUACAGCUUCUGUGAUUUACUGUACCAGCUACGACCGGAACGAUGUUCUGCUGCGGAGGAGCAGAAGAGGAGAACGACGGUGGUCCGCUGGCAAACCAAAAUACAGCUCCACCUAGAGGGCAAAAUCCAUAUGGUGCUGGCAGUCAAAGAGAGCCAAGGACUUCCGGUGCUACAAAAAGUGGAGCUCCCCAGAAAGUUCUACCGAUCGAAAUACCAGCGUUUUCGUUGGACGAGUUAAACCGGCUAACCGGCAACUUCGGUUCAAAAGCUUUGAUUGGAGAAGGGUCUUAUGGCCGUGUGUUCCAUGCAAAGUUAAGCGAUGGCCAGGAAGCAGCAAUAAAGAAGCUGGACACAAGUUCUUCACCUGAACCAGAUUCUGAUUUUGAAGCUCAGUUAUCGAUCGUUUCAAGACUAAAGAAUGAUCAUUUUGUGGGACUGCUUGGUUAUUGCUUGGAGGCAAAUGAACCUAUCCUAGUGUAUCAGUAUGCAUCAUUGGGUUCUUUACAUGAUGUUUUACAUG